AUGCCGGGACUCUUUCUUCCGAAGCAUCAAAAGUUGAUCUUACAAUGCUAUCCUCCGGGAAAGGGGGUGGAAAAGAAACCCAAUCCCAGUGAACUCAGUUAUUUACUUUACUAUGCCUCCACCAGACGUGUUAAAUUGGAGAAAGUCAUAACUUUUUUAAACAAAAAAACUGUUGGUGACUCCAAUAGGAAUCGUUUUGGCAAUAUCCAGGUGACACUUACACUCGUGCUGUCGUUGAUAGAAAAAUGUGUGGAUAAUUUGAAUGUGUUUGCUCUCCAGGCGGUGUCGAUUUUAAACUCUUCACUAAAGGGCAACGAUUUGACUUUGGCCAAAGCGGUGUUGGACACAUACGGCGUCUUGUGUAAGAAUCUCGACCGGGGGUUGUUUGCGGGUGACAAGGAGUUUGUCAAUUCGUUUAGUCGGUUUAGUCAGACCCUCAUCGACACCACCAUGAAAAGUUCGGCCAAAGGCGGCCCCAACCUGUGGGAGUGGAAGUUGAUCUCGCUUUUGGCGUGUCGCUACUUGUCGGGAUGCUUGAGCAAUAGUCCUGAGAUCUCGAAGUCCAUGUUGCACAAGAUUAUACCGAUUCUCAUUGAUACUUUCUUCGAAAAUGAUCAUGAACGAAUCUUGAGUGGAAGCUUAUCGCUUGAUGGAGAAAGUGUGAAGCUCUCGAAGAUUCAUACCUCCAAGACCAUUGUGUCUGCAAAACGUAUCACCGAAGACUUGGAAAAUGGUCUCGUUGAUGAGAAUGAUUUGUAUAUGGAGUCGAUAGCCGCAUUGAAGUCUGUGUUUAAUACUUCAUUGACAAGUCAGUUAAUAGAGGCCACCAACGAGGUGGUGGGUUAUACAUUUCAAGACUCACGGAUCACCUCCGAAUGGUCAGAACGGUUUUUGGAGUUGUGCGUUACGUGGGCACCAGUGCAAUUGAGAUUUGUGUUGUUAGACACUUUGGUGUUUGGAUUAAAGAAAGUCUCGUCAAAUGUCAAGCUCCAGCAGCAUUAUGCCUCUCACAUCUUUGGGUUGGUUUCUUCCAACGUCAAUAUGAUUGGGUUGUCGAUAUCGGACUUUAUUCAGAGUAUCUUGGAGUUGAAGGAGAGCCUUUACUUCAAAGACGAUUCUAAAAUCAGCGAAGAGGAUAAAAUCCAUCUUUCCGACAUCUUCUCCAAGUCCAUCAUCAACUUGUCAACGCACAUCUACUACUCUGAUCAGGUUCCUGAUUCCGUGUACGAGAUCUUUUUCAAGAUUGAGUCAACAUUGGAUUUGAGUCCCCAACAAGACACUACGAAAUUAUUCGACUAUGUCAUUAACUUAUUAUCAGAUAUUGAUGCCAUUUUCGUCAAACUCCACGAGUCAAGCUCCUCUGACAGUGUCAUCAACAGAAACCAUGUGGCUUUGGAUCAAUGGCAGAUAAGCUUACCUUUAAUUUCUCAAAAGCAUGCGGUGACCAUUUUCAACUCCUUAUCUGAAGAGCAAGUGGAGCAAAUCCAAAUGGUGUAUUUGAGAAUCUUUGACAAGUUUGUCGACUACGAGCUUACCACUGGUACUAGCCCCGAUUCGAGUCAAAUCAGUGGUAAGCCCGAUGUAGAUGACUUUUUGACUCCAGACUACAAGGAAUUGAUCACCGAGUCCACAAACUUCUUAUCCCACUACUUGGUAUACUUGGACAAGUAUUUGAACAAAAACGAAAAUCUCAGCUUGCCAAUUGUCCAGCAAUUGCUAAUGAUCUCCAAGAAGAUUGCUAGGGUAUUCGGAAUCAACUUCCUCAACAAUUAUAUCCCGUUCUUCUUCCAUUGGUAUGUCAACGAUUUCGAGGACGCUCUGAGGUUUGAUAUCAUCAAGGACACUUUUGCUCUGGCAUUAUUAAAAGAUUGCAUCACGAUUAUUGACAAGAAGUAUAGCCACGAGUUGGAAGGUUACCUGCAGAGGUCCGAGUUCAGCAAAAACUUGGACCAGAAUAUCAGCUAUAAAAUCAAAAACAGCUUAUGGGCCUCAGACCUCGACGCUUCCAGUGCUUCUGACUAUCCUGCCAAUUUUGUGAGGUUAACCUCCAACGAUAUGGGAGAAUUCAUCAAGGGAAACAAGUUUUUGUCAGAGUGGUUGAAUGCCCAAAAGCCUCUCAUUCUCAGUGUCUUGCACGAUGAAGUUUUGGGGGAAUCAAUAAACGGUGGUACCAACGGGUCUCAUACUAAUGGUGAUGUCUCUAACGGAAAUGGACACUCUAUAAAUGAGUAUCACGAUGCCCGUGAUAGUGAUGGCCCACCUCUAACUGUAAAUUCAGAUGUAUCAGAUGUGAAGCCUGGUUUGGGAUUGGGAACUCUUGCAGAUAUCGCAUCCAUUCAUUCAGGUUUGAGAAAUACCACUUUUAAUAGCACUUUGAGCAACAACUCGUUCGACAUCACAAACGGCUCGAUAGUGACGAACGAUAAGUUAACCCCCCCAAAAGUCAGCGACUUAAAGGGGAUGAUAAGCAGCUUUAAAAGUAGUAUGAAGAAACCGGGUCAGCUCAAGCAAGAUAACUCGGUGACCCCAGGAAGUGUGCUAUCGAAGCAAAUGGCUACACACGAUCUUGAUUCAAUUAUUGAUGGGCUUGAUGACGAUGAGUCGUUUGUUGUUUAA